AUGUCCGAGUCAGCAGUAGCCGAGACUUCAUACUUCCACACUCUCAACGCCCGCCCAUACUUUUUCCCUACCGAAAGUCGCGACAAGCGACUCCAGGAUGUGAUCCCACGCCUAACAGAGCUGCCCGCCGAAAUCCGCUGGCACGUCUUUGCACACGCCUUCAGCGGCAACCGGGUCGCCGUGACGGCGAAGUCGGGCUGUUAUUGCUUCUCCGAUGCGACGGGCCCCUAUCGUGCAGACCACCAGUGGCUGCUGAAGUCUGCGCCGCCGGGGCAGGUGAGGAGUGAGGCACAGCGUGUAUUUAUCCAGAUGGCCAUGUGGGAACUUCAUUGCCAGCAAGCCCUGCACUCGUUUGUGCUCAGGAUGAAGGCCUUGCACGGCCUGGAAGAGGUGCGCCACGUGCGGCUGAAUGUCUCCGAGCUUGAGUCGACAUGGGUGCUACACUUGGACAAAUUUCCCAACUUGCGAACAGCCACCUUCUCGCCGAACCCAAAAACCUGGACAAUCAAUAUUCCCCAGCACGCAGGUUCCGACCAACUUUCAGACGCGAAUGUGAUGCUAAAGGUAUGGCAUGUCCUAGAGUCCAGAGACGGCUACGGCCCGGUCAGAGAGGCGUUCCAGAAGAAGACUCGCGGCUAUAGAAUACACUUUGUCUUUCCGAUACGGUUCCACUUACCGGAAAAGUCACAGAACGGAUCUCCACGUUGGCAAUUGAGGGUUUGGCGAGCCGAUUUGGACAGAGGAACUAUCGAGCGAGACUGGCGAGAGGUACAUCUCGUUCAGGAAGCGACACUCGAUUAA